GGGUAAAAUCGUGGGACAAUAAGGUGGAGACAUGUGCGUGUCCAUUGUAAUGAGUUCAAAAAAGAAAAAUGGUACUUUCUCCGUGUUUUAAUAAUUAUUUUACUUUAAUUAACAUACAAUUUUAGGCAUUUUAAUUAACUUAAAUAAAAUAUAAGAGGUAUGUGGGGUAGUUGAAGUAUUAAAAUUAGGUUAAUAAUUUGUUGUAAAGUAAUGAAUGUGAGAGGAAAUAAAUAAUAAAAAAGAUGAGUAGUGAAUUUGGGUAGGAACCAUGAAUGGAAAAAAAUAAUAUAAUAAAAUGUAAUUUUUUGUCAAAGUAGGGAGUAUGUGUAACACUCGUUAAAUCACGAUCGUAUUUGAUAAAUGUAAACUUAUUAAAACACGGAGGGAAUAAUGAUGAUUUUUUAUUUUUUAUUUUAUUUUUUUUAUCCUCCAUUAAUGGUGUAAAAAGGCCAUGAGAAUGAGUGAGAAAGUGGGUAGAGAGAGAAUGUAAAACUAUUUUUUGAUCAUUGGUGAGAAUGCUCUUAUUACCUCCAGUUUUUUUCUUGUUUUUUUGUACCUUAAUAUCAUACUUACACUUUUUUUUUAUUUUUUUUAUUUUUUUACUAAAGACAAUUAAAUUAGUUAUGUCGGUCAAAGUGUAAUUUAUAAAAGAAAUAGAGGGAGUUUAAAUACGAGGAUUCCCAAGUUAAUAUUUGUGAAGGAAAUGGCUCAAGUGGUAAGCAACUUGAUGUCGCUUAAGAGAGGUCUCGGGUUUUCAUUAGCCUCACCGUAAGCAUAAACUCUUGUUGGGAGACUCACCCACCAUAAGCCAGGUGUGCGACUUGGAUCGGAUCCGGCUGGAGUCGGAGCUAAGCUCUGGUGAACCGGGUGGGCAUCCUAAAAAAAGAUAGAAAAUUCCGUAUUUGUUUACUACAUGACAUCUUGGUAAAUAAAUAUACAAAUUUAUCCAAUCAUCACUACGAGUGUGGGAUCCAUUUUUUAAGAAAUACUUAUUGAUUGGAAAAUUUGUGAGAAAGGUCCUUUGAAGUGGUCGACUUUGUGAGAAAGGUCUUUAUAUAAAAAAAAGUGGCAAAAAAGGUCCUUAUUUCCCAUUUAGGUUGUAAGGAAGGACCUUUGACCAAUUUCCGGUAAUUGACUUCAUUUUCCGACUAGUAACUAUCACGUGAUUUUAAAAAAUAACUUUUUAUUUUGUCUUUUUCUUCCUUUUCCCUCCAAUUCCAACUUACCCCUGAUUCUUUCCCCCUUAUUUCUCCUUCAACUCUCUAAUUUAUUAAUGUGAAUAAGUUACUUCGUGAAAACUAGGGCUCGCAAAUUAGAGAGAGAAAGGAGAAAUAGGGGGGAAGAAUUAGGGUUAGUUGGAAUUGGAGAGAAAAAAGGAAAAAGGGAGAAAAAAAACAAAAUAAGGCCGGAAAAUAAAGUCAAUCAUCGAAAUAUCGGUCAAAAGUCCCUCCUUACAACUGAAAUGGUAUAUAAAGACCUUUUUUGCCACUUUUUAUAAAUAAGGAUAUUUCUCACAAAUUCGAGCAGUUAAAAGGACAUUUCUCACAAAUUUUCUUUAAUGAUUUAUUUACGACAAUGUCGUGUGAUUAUUUAUUUGAAAGAUAAACUUGUAUUUUCAAUAUGAAUAUUUAGAGCUCAACGGCUGACCAAUUCAAACAUAAAAUUACCUUCUAGAAAAAGCUAGUGAGCUACGAAUGAAGUUAAGAAUCAAAGAGUUAACCUUUUUUUUUUUUUUUUUUUUUUUAAUAAUCAAAGAGUUAACUUGAUUCCUCAAGAAAAAAAAAAGUUAAAUAUCAAAGAAGCGAGAGUUGGAAAACAUAAUCUUAUAUUUUUCCAUAAAAAAGGCAAAAAAGUAGGAAAAGAAUGGAAGAAGCAAUGAAGCUAAGGCAUGAUGUUUGGGAAAUCAGAAAGAAAUUAAAAAAUGAUGAAAAAACUUUGUCACGUGAGAGUGGGAAUGAUAUGUUGCAUAGUUUAGAAAUUAUUGAAGGCAAACUUGAAGUUGCGGAGUCCGAACUUCAAGUACCAGGCGCAGUUCUAGAGGAAAGUCUCAAAGAUGUGCUCUCUAAAUUGAAAUCCUUCAUCGAAGGUGAUCAAAAUGAAGAAGAUGCUAAGAGUAUCUUAGAGAAAUUGUCACGUUGGGUGACACAAGAGGACUCUGUGUUGAAGCCUUUAGAGCAAGCUUUUUAUGGUGGAAUCAAUGUUCAACAUCUCAUAGAGAUGACUUUAAACUUCAACCUUGAUCAACGAGUUUUGGCUAUCCCAAUCAUUGGGACAAGAGCAACGGCUGCAGUUCAACGUGUUUAUCACGACAAUCGUGUUCGAAGUUCUUUUGAAGAAAGACAUUGGGUGUGCAUGUGUGACAUGAACCAUGGACAUCCAAGUAAACUACUUGAUCUAGUCUUUCGAAAGCAGACUUCUAAUAUAGACAUCCUAAAGGAUUUCCAUUCCAAUGUUGAUGGCAAAAGAUACUUGCUUAUCUUAGAUGGAGUAACACAGACUGGUCUUGGGUUUUUUCUAGAGGACUUGUUACGGGACGUUAGUCAUGGAAGCAGAGUAAUUUUAACUGCAUCAAGUAAGGACAAACUUGGAAUGUUGGAGCCCUUGAAGAUGCCGGAAGGUGCCCCCAUUGAAUCAACUUCUAUGCUACAAGAAGAAAAGGAGAUUAGUAGCAAAUACGCCGGUGCUUCAGGCCUUCUGAAGACAAUUGCUUUCUUUCUUUCUUUUAAGCAUACAGUACAAAAAUGGGAGAAUUUUGCUGAUGAUUUGAUAACAAAAUUACAAGAUCUAUCAGAAUCUAGUUAUUCAAAAUUCAACCUCAUAAGCUAUGAAGAUCUACAGUUGAAGAUUCAGCAGUGUGUUCGUUAUGUUUCAUUGUUGCAGAAGGAUUACGAAUUUAGUAAGACAGAUUUGAUACAUCUGUGGGCUUCUCAAGAUUACUUAUCAACUGAUACAGGAAGGCCAGAAGAGUUGGUUGGUGAAGAAUAUUUUGAGAAAUUACUCAAUAAUGGGUUUUUCUCUCAAGUCACUAGUAGAGAUGGUGCUGUGGUUCAGCAUUUCUGCAAGACGCACUACGUAUUGAAUGAGUUUCUCAAGAAUGUGGCGAAAACUCAGUUUUGUUUGGGUGAGGAACCAACUAGGGAGGUUGAUGAUGCUAAUAUUUUGCACGUGAGCUUCGCUAUUGAAAGUUCAUGGGAAGCACCGAGUUGGCUGCUUAAUGCUGGUAAAUUGCAGUCCCUUAUUUUCUUGCCAAGCAGAUUACAUAACUCGGUGAAUGUCCCAAACUUGGAAGAAAUCAUUUCAAAAUUGACAGGCUUACAAGCAUUGGAUUUGGUAGCAGUGAAUUGUGAAAACCUUUCUCAUUCCCUGGGAGAGCUUAAGCAUUUGAGGUACCUCAGACUCGGUGUAUCCUCAAAAUGCCUCCCUGAGAGCGUCAUAAACUUGUCAUUGGUAUGGUCAUCUUCGUAUUCAAAACCAGCCAACCUGGAAAAGUUUGAUUACUUGCAGCCGCCUCAUGGUCUCAGAAGCCUAGCAGUCUGCCAUUGGAAGGGAGAAAAUUUUCCCCUACAACUUAUGUUUGGCAAGGCUGUUUUUGAUAGCCUUGUUUCUAUAUAUAUCGAAGACUGUCGAGGAUGCAAAGAUCUACCAUCUCUGAGUUCAUUGCCUCAUCUGAGAUUUAUUAAACUUUGGGACCUAAAUGUCUUGGAAUAUGUGGAGCAUGAUGUUGAUAGUGGCAACAAUACAGGUUCUGAUUCAUCUACACUUAGACACUAUUUUCCUUCUUUGGAAUACCUGUUGUUGGCCAAUUUACCAAGAUUGGAACGAUGGUCACGUAAGCAACAAUACCCAAUCCCUUCUCGUAAUCUUACACUCUGUGUGAGCAAUUGUCCAAAGAUGUCAUCGAUGCCUCUGCUGCGAAGUCUUGUGUCACUAGAGGCACAUGAUAUACAUGUGAAGUUGCUAAAGCAUCUCUUGUCAACUAGUGCAGGGCCGUCUCCUGGUGCCACGCUGAGGAAGCUGGAAAUUGUCUCAGUUUCCCAACUUAAGUCCACUUUUCCAAUCAGAAAUCUUAAUGCUCUAGAGUCCCUGGCAAUCAGAAGAUGUCCAGAACUCGAAGAAUUGGUUUUAGGAUCUUUGACAUCUCUUCAACGACUAGAAAUUCACGAAUGCAAUGGAUUGGUAGACAUUACUGUUGGAAACAUGGACCAACUUUCUGCUCUUGAGACAUUAGAAAUCAAACAUUGCAAAAAGUUGAAACUGUUAAACAGUUCAGAAGAUUGGAAAUGCUUCAAGAGCCUCCGCUUUCUGAAACUGAUCAGUAUCUUCAAUUUAGAGUCACUUAAGAACGGCCUUUGUUCCUUGCAUAAACUUGAGGGACUCUAUUUGUAUUCACUUUACGAACUGAGAUCCCUUCCUGAGUGGAUUGGCGACAUCAAACAGCUCCGUUCACUUGCUGUUCGGAACUGCCCUUUCCUGAUAACACUUCCUGAGUCACUUGGUAGCCUAUCUACUUUGCAACAGCUUGAUAUACAUUGUUGCCCAAAACUGAAAGAAAUUCCGAAGUCUUUUGCUGACCUCAAGUCAUUACAAAAACUUGUGAUUCAACGAUGUCCAAAGCUGUCCAAAAGAUGCCAAAAGUCGCACGGACCAGAUUUCCCUCUUAUACAACAUGUCCCUUACAGAGAAUACUAGUAAGGAUUGAGUAUUCUUACUCUGUAUAUUGCUUUUUUCUCUUUGUAGUCACGCAGAUCAAGAAGAUAAUCAAGUUACAAUGUGUAAAGAAAUAUAUUGUGUUAACACUUUGGUGAGAUCAGUCAGAUCACUGUUAGACUUGACCAUUUGAUCAAGUCCAUAAUCAUGUUUUAGUGCCUAUUCAAAGUGUAUCUUCAACAGUAAGUUAAUGCUAACCUUGAAACAAUUGUAAUAGUAUUUAAUUCUGAAUAUUACUGCAGUAAUUUCUAACCUGA